AUGCCUCUCCGAAGAUUCUCUGGUUGUAUGGGAUCCUCUCCCGACAUCGAUCAACACCUGACUAUCGGAGUUUGCACGGAACCUAUGGAAGGUCUUCCAAACCACUGGAUUCUCAUGCUCACCGAUGCUGACGCCGAGUACGCAACAUGUUACCAUCCCUUGGGUGGCCCUUCGAGACGCAGACCCUGGGAACUUGUGAUUGAGAGUGGAGAGCGAAGAAGCUGGGACGUCGACCGCUUUUCUUACGUCUCCAAGAUCUCAGUGCGACAUGCAAGACAGGUAAAGGCUUCUGCUAAGAAAAUUCCAUCGAAGAAGAUCGCUCGAGAUGUGGAGGAAGAUCCCUAUGCUGAUGCAUCGCCUAUUGUGGAAGAGCAUGAGGGUUUCCGGGAUCAGAUGUUCGACUGGGUAGAGAAGCAUUGCUUGUCUAGGCUUGGGUCACCUAGACGAUAA